AAUUGCUUUUGCUUUUACUCUCCAGCCAGCUUUGCCUCUGCUGCAAAGUCGAGACCACUCUUCACACUUCAUCUUUGCGGCGUCGUCGGCGACGACGUAUAUCUGCAUUCAGCCAGCCAUAAUAAAAUCGAUGUCGACGACAUUUCUCCGCUAGACUUUUCUCUUCAUUUAUUUACCGUCGACGCUUAGUUCGCAGUCGAUCUAAGUCUGUUCGUUUCGUGUAUAUUUUGUACGUGCGAUUUCUUGCAGUGAUUGUUGUUUUUAUUUGUGAAAGGAGGUGACGAGCGUUGGUUUCGUGUUUGAUAUUCAAUUUGUCUGUUUUGCUGCCGCAACGAAUAGACGUGUAAGGAGAGAGCUUCCAAACUAGCAAAUUUAGAAAAUGGACCGAAAUAAUGACUAUCACAACUUUAGACGCGCCCAAGCGCCCGGGUUGACGCGGAGGCCGCCGCAACAGCCGAGGGAAACCAUCACACAACACGAUGAACUGAUCCGGUACAUCAAAGAGGCCUGGAACCAGGUGACUGAACAUGGACCACACGGCGGGCCGGUGUUCUACCGAUGUGAAAACGCACCACCACAUCCACCCGGCUUCACACCAUUUGACCUGGAUAGUUACUGGGGACAACGAGUCAUCCCGAAUAUCCACAUUUCAUCGGGACAUCAUCAAUAGGGCUAUCAUUCGAAAGUCUGGCCACAAUUCAUUCCGAAACAAAACACCAACUUAUAAUAAUCUAAUCAAAACACGGAAUGAGUUGUGGAUGAAUCUCGAAAAGAAGAUUUAUAGAAAUCAUAUUUUUUUGUUGACAAAAAAAAGAUCAGAUAAGACAACACCAGAAAGCCAAACUUACACUUUUUCUCUGUAGACAAAAACAUGUAGUAGAAAGCAUAAGUAAAAACAAUUCCAUUUAAUUGAUCUAGGAAAAGGGAAAAUGAAAAUGAUUCCAUUGCAUUCAAUGACUUUACAUUUAAUUAUUUUUAGUCUUUCUUUCUUCAAAUUCCCUCAUACAAUGGCGCUAUGAGAUUAUGACUAUGACUUCCAAUGGACUCGUUCUGCUCAUUCUCUCUACAUCUUUGUACAUUUUUGUCUUAAUGCGAACUGUUGUUUUGGUAUAAAACCAAAUUUUAUUUAAGAUACUUUUACCUUACCACUUAUAUUUGAGUAAAUUGUUAUUUUGGAGACGGAAAAAUAAAUUCUGCUUCAGGACCUAAACAAAUCAAUAAAUUUAGAAAUAAAUUUGAACCCCUCACUGGACGGUGCUGUAGUUGUUUCACGGUCCAUUGAGUUGCUUUGUUACUUUAUAUCUGACUAAAAUUGGAAAUCAGUAUUUGAGGAAAGAGAUGCUUUUUAAAUUUCUUACUGAAAGGCUAUGAUGAGAUUGAAGAACGUAAAACAGAAGGAGGACAAAUUUAUUGUUUUAUACCUUCAUCUUCUUUUUUAUCAUUUGAUUUGUUUAAUCUUACUGCGUUGGAUGGCGAGAGCAAUAUUCAAACUUUUCAAAAGGAAAUUGUUUAUAUUUUCAAUUCAGAAAUGGAAGAAUACAUAGCCAACAACUCGAAAGAAAUGUAACUACACAAAAAGUCUUGUUAAUGUGUAAGAUAUUGUUCAAUUGAAUUGAUUAAAAUCAAGUUGCAGUAAGUAA